AUGAUGGCGAUCCCGCCCGACAGAGGGGAACCCAACCUCGAACAUCAUCUUUGUUACCUUCACACUUCGCCUUACCUUCCCUUCCCCUCAAGAGACAAGGCCACUCGCCAAAACCCCCGUGUACCCGCAGCUCCGUUUGAGGUUUGCUCACCUGGUUCUGCCACACAGAGCCAGGGUGACUGGGCAAGAGAUACCUUCGACCUGGCCGACAAUCCUCCCUACCGACCCUCCAUCGCCUCCGACCACCCCGACUCUCCUUUCCCCCUCGAUUCCUCCUCGCCGGCUAGUAAUCCCGGUGCAUCUCCUCCACUGUCAGAGUUCCCGCCUACAGCUCCCCAGCUCUCCUCCCGCCGCCCAACCAACCCUCGCCGCCGCCCGCGUCCCUCGGACACACCGAGUCCCUCGACUGCGGGGACCGCAUCUGACCCCGGGAGCCAGCCCGAUUCCCGCCAUACCGGCCGAGCCGCCGGCCGUUCUCCCUCCCCCAAGCGCAGGCGCCUGGUAAUCAUGCGUGCCGAUGGACUGUCCACAGCGAACGGCUUCUCGUCGAAUGGGACAGUCUCGACGCCCUCGAGGAAAGCCGGUCUGAACGGACAAGCAAUCGCCACCAACGGAAGCUCCCAUACGAAUGGUGCCGACAAGGCGUUGGCGAGCCCAACCUACUUCGGCCAUAACCGAGAGGAGGUGACGCGGAUAUUGAUUCAGAGCUUGUACGAGCUAGGCUACAAUGGGGCGGCAUCACUGCUGAGCUCGGAGAGCGGCUAUCAGCUGGAGACCGAAAGCGUGGCAACAUUUCGGAACGCGGUGCUAGGAGGCAGGUGGUCGGAAGCCGAGAGGAUCCUCAUCCUGUCAUUCCGUUCGGAUGCGGCGUCACAACGCAGUGGCCAGAAGUCCCCGUCCGAGGAUACCUUGGCGUUGGCCGAAGGUGCCGACAGGAACGAGAUGCUCUUCCUCCUGCGGCAGCAGAAGUUCCUCGAGUUACUAGAGGCCCACGACCUGGGUGCUGCGCUUACGGUCCUCCGGCAAGAGCUGACUCCAUUAAAUCAUGACAUCGAGCGGCUGCAUGCGCUCUCCAGGUAA